AUGUUUGUUUUGUUAAGAUCAUAUACGAACACAAGGAAAACUUUGCUGUCAUCAGGAAAAUACAACGCAAUUUUAUUAAACAACGAAGUAUUUCCACGACAUCAGAGCAAUGAAAAAGAUGCCGAUAUCCCCGAGCUAAUUAACAGCACCAUUUUAAUAGAAAAUGGUUUUAACGUCACAGAACUUCCAGUUGUUAUCAGAAAGCUAAAAAACUUAACACAACUAGAAGCCUCGGACAAGGGAACACCGAGUACCGCUGAUUCUGUUAGUUACCAUUUGAUACAAGAAGAAUUUAAACAAUGUACUGACUUGCGCGAUGUUUUCUCGCUUAUCACAAAGUGUACAAAAAUAACUCCAAAUAUUGCACUUGGUGCUAUUGAGAGAAUUCAUGACUUAGAAAGAAAUCCCUUAAAUUUGCCAUUAGAUAUCAAAGGUGAUAACACUCUUUAUUUUGCCAAAGGUGCCAUUUUGGAAAAGCUACUUAAAGUAGUCAUUAAAACUGAAGAUACACAAACAAUAUUGAAUAUUUUGAAAACAAACUCAUUGGUAAUAGAGCCAUAUAAAAACAAAUUUUGUGAUGAACUUUUAUUUCGAGUCACAGAUAAUAAGCUUAAUAUUGAUCAGUUAAUUGAUUUAGCAAUAUUUUUGCUUAGCAAUAUUGCAGAGGAGCAUUAUAAUGAUAUGCUUGAUAAACUAUGGAUAGGUUUUACGGCUAAUGAAAGUAGCAUAGAUGAAACAAACAUUGUUAAAAUAUUUACAAUAUUACCAGGAUUAAAAACAAGUAAGAAAACUGUAAUUAAUUUAGUAGAACAGAAAUUGUCAGAAUUGUGGCCUCGAAUUAAUUCAAAUAGCAUGCAAGAAAUUAUGAGUAUGUUUAUAUCAGAAAAAUACUUUAGCAUGCAGUCCUUUGCAGUGUUGGGAAAUUGGUUUUAUGCACAUAUACAUGCAUUGGAUGAAGACACAUUGCUUGAUAUCAUUACAAAAUUUACCAGGCUAAACUACACAGAUGAUCACAUUGAAGCAGCAGUAGAGAAAUAUAUGCGGCUCAAAGGACCCAAAGUAAACUCCUAUAUUUUAAUUGUAGGUAUCUUAAACUACUGUAUGCAAUUUCAGCUACGCAACAAGAAAAUACUAGACACAUGUUGUGAUCAUUACUUGAAGAAUAUGGAUAAUAUACCUCCCAGUUUCUUAAAAUCGUUUAUACAUCCCUUUGGCUAUCUCUGUUUUAAACCAGUGACAAAUCUCUGGGAGAUAUCAGAGAAUAUAUUGAUUGAAGUUUAUAGAAAAAUAGGUGUUGAUGAUUUAUGUUCUAUAAUGCUCUCAUACAUAUAUGUUGGGGAAUAUCCAGUAAAACUAGCUGCUAAAGUCUUUAACCCUGAAUAUUAUACUAAAAUUAAUAACACAUCAUUAUUACAAAAGUUAUAUUUAAUAGACACAGUUUUGUCAAUAGAGUGUAAGGAUUAUUUAGGUCCUUUGAUGCCAAAAGACCAGUGGCCUAAGCCAGUGAAACAAAAUCAAAGAGUCUAUAAUUUAGUUGAAAAGAUAAAAGACAUGAUCGGUGAAAUAUUCGGUAAGGACAGGGUGUCCACUGGAGUACUUGUCCCAAAUUACUGUUCUGAUGAGAAUUUUGUCAUUGAUAUCAUGUUGCACCCAUUUGGUUUAGGGAGCGAUACAUUUAAUUGGAAAUUGAAGUCUACAAAGAAUGAAAAUAUAGCUCUGCUGAUACAUUUGCCGGAUCACUAUUGUAGUAAAAGUGAACAACUUAUAGGCCCUCAAAUAAUGAAAAAGAGACAUUUGGAAAUAUUGGGUUUCAAAGUUGUUAGUCUGAAAUACUCUGUUGUAAGUCACCUUUAUAUGUCAUAUAAGAAUAAGGAGUUAAAGAAGUACUUGAUAGAAAGUGUUGAGGAAAUAAGCAGUCAUUAA